AAAGUAGGACAAAGGGACCAUGGACCAUGGGCGUGUUAUUUAGGACAUCACAGACAAUCAGGAUCAUAAAAGCUAUGAUAAAGAACACGUCCUUCACUUGCGGCUCCUCCCUUCACCACCCUCUUCUCACUUCUACAUUAAAUAGUCGUCUGUUCCCUGUGUGUCAGAAGAAAAACUCGGAUCCACUCUGAGGAGAAUCGGAACCUUUCUUUUACGAAAACCCCACAUCUGCCGCCAUUAUGUGCACAGGAUCGUGCUCCAAGUUCAUCGCCAUUCCCCUCUACGUGCUGGCUCUGGUGUCGGUCAUCUGCAACAUCAUUCUUUUCUUCCCCGACUUUAAAACCAGCUAUGCGUCGAAUGAGGGACAGCUCACUCCAGAGGUUACAUACAUGGGAGGCCUGAUCGGAGGAGGACUCAUGGUUCUGGUUCCUGCCAUCCACAUCCACCUGACCAGUGCUGACCAGUGCUGUGCCAACCGCUGCGGGAUGUUCCUGUCCAUUGGUUUUGCAGCGGUCGGUGUUGUGGGUGGAGUGUACAGCCUCAGUGUUGCUGCCGUGGGCCUUUCUAACGGCCCAGUGUGCAACUAUCGGAAUGAAACCACUGGCCUCUUCCAGUGGGGAGCCCCCUUCGCUAACAGCGAGGGCGGCUACCUGUCGAACAAGGAACAGUGGGCGUUGUGUGAAGUGCCAAAGAACGUGGUUGAGUUCAACGUGGCGCUGUUCUCCGUUCUGCUGGUGGCGGCGGCCGUGGAGCUCAUCCUCUGCGCCAUCCAGAUGGUCAACGGCCUGUUUGGCUGCCUCUGCGGCACCUGCUCUGGCAAACAGUAAUCUGGCCUUCAGCUUGAAGAACAAAUGAGAGGGAUUUUCAUCACCAUCGGCCGUGUCAUCAUCGCUGGUGCUUCACUGAACCGCUUGUGUCCUCUUUGAGCCCUUGUCACCGUUAUUAUGAAUUCUUCAGAAGGAACGACUGUGAUGAUGCUUGAAUUUAGUUUUCUUCUCUACUUCAUUGCUAUAACAUUACUGAUCACAUGCUGGAGGUGGAACUACUUGUGUUUAUUGUCAUUGUAUGUAAAUUAGUGUGUUUAUAAUAUUUUGUAAUAAAGCUCUCAACAUAAAA